AACAGGCAGCACAGAUCCUGGAAGCAGCGUCGCUGCUGAGCAGUCCCCGGGCGGCACUUCCGACCCGGGGCGAGCACCGGCUCCCCGAGGCCGUUGGGAGGGUCCAGGGAGAGGGCCAGCGGCCCUCCCACGCGGCGGCGAGCGCGCCCCACCGCAGACCCCCGCCCGGCGUGCGCGCGCAGCCGGGGCAGGGGCGGGGCGCCGCGGCGCGUCCGUUGCUAAGGCCGCGCUGCCCCGGCGACCGAGCGCGGCGACCCCGCGCACGCGCAGUGGCGGACUCCGGUGCACUGUGGGAUGGAAACGCGAGCGGCGCGUACGGGCCAGAGCGGGCGGCGGCUCCGGGGCGAGAGCGGCGGGGACGCGGGGCUUCGGCUCGGCGGGCCGGCGGGGCGCCGCCAUGAACGCGGCGGUGGUGAGGCGGACGCAGGAGGCCCUGGGGAAGGUGAUUCGGAGGCCGCCGCUGACGGAGAAGCUGCUGAACAAGCCCCCGUUCCGCUACCUGCACGACAUCAUCACGGAGGUGAUUCGGACGACGGGCUUCCUGAAGGGCUUGUACACGGACACUGAGAUGAAGUCGGAGAACGUGAAGGACAAAGACGCGAAGAUCGGCUUCCUGCAGAAGGCCAUAGACGUGGUGGUCCUGGUCUCGGGCGAGCCGCUGUCGGUGAAGCCGGCGCGCAUCGUGGCGGGGCAUGAGCCUGAAAGGACCAACGAGCUGCUGCAGAGAAUCGGGAGGUGCUGCCUCGGCCAGCUGUCCAGUGACGACGCGGUGAAGAGAGUGCUGGCCGGCGAGAAGGGGGACGCGAGGGGACGGGCCGCCCUGACGUCGAAACCCCAGGAGUCGGAGGACAGGAACGCGAGGGUCGAGGAGCCCAGGGUCCCCGGCGAGAAGGAGGGGAGAGGAGCCCCUGAGACGAACGAGGGGAGCCCCGGCAGGGACCGCAAGCAGAGGGAGCUGCAGGAGGACAGCAGACCGAGGGAGAAGGACCGGGACAGGGAGAAGACGCGGGACGACGACCGCGAGCGCCAUCGGGACCCCGAGAGGGACAGGGGCCGGGAGGGCGAGAGAGAGCGGGCCAGGGCCCGCGCCAGGCCCGACAGGGACAGGGACAGAGGCCCCAGGGACCGGGACUCGGACCGCGAGAGAGAGCGGAGGAGCGAGGGAGGCCGAGAAAAGGAGCGGUGGAGAGACCGGGACAAGGAGCGCGAGCGCGACAAGGGCCGGGACCGGGAGCGGGACCGCCGGAGGGCGAAGGCCGGGGAGCGUGCCCGGGACCCCGGCAGGGACCGGCACCGGGAGCAGGACAAACCGGACAAGAAGUCAUCGAGCUCCGGGGAGGUGUCUAAGAAGCUGUCAGAUGGACCGUUCAAAGACUCCAAAGCUGAAGCCGAGACGGAGGCCUCCCCCAGAGCGUCUGGGCCCGUGGCAGCGAAGACCUCCAGGCGGCGCUCCAGAACCUCGGGGGAAGGACCCAAGGAGGCCGCUGCCAGCUCCGCCCGCGUUGCCGACGGCAGCGCCGCCGGCCUGUGGCGGGACCGCCCCGAGCCAGAACCGGCAGCGAAGCAGAAAGGCGACCCCCCGAGCGAUGCAGAAGGAGACGCGGGACCCGCCAGUCAGGACAAGCCCCAGGGGCCCGAGGAUUCCGAGGUCCCCGCCGACCUCCCGCCCGACGCCAGAAGGCUCCCGCGGCCCGGGAGCGCCAGGCCGGCGCCGCCCCGGGUGAAGCGGCAGGACAGCGCGGAGGUGUUGGCGGCCGACAGGGCCGGGAGCGGUAAGGCCGUGUCCAGCGUGAUUGUGGACGCCCAGCACUCGGACGACGAGGACGACCAGUUCGUGGUGGAGGCCGCGCCCCAGCUGCCCGAGGCGCCGGAGCGCGAGGGGGCGCAAGCCGUGGAGCUGGGCGAGGACGAGAGGCACGGAGGACUGGUCACAAAGAUUCUGGAGACCAAGAAAGAUUACGAGAAGCUGCGGCUGCCCCCCAGGCCUGGGGAGAAGGACAAGUCGCUUGUCUUCGAGUCAGCGUGGAAGAAGGAGAAGGACAUCGUCUCCAAGGAGAUAGAGAAGCUGCGCGUGUCCAUCCAGACCCUGUGCAAGAGCGCGCUUCCGCUGGGCAAGAUCAUGGACUACCUGCAGGAGGACGUGGACACCAUGCAGAACGAGCUGCAGCUGUGGCGCAGCGAGAGCCGGCAGCACGCGCAGGCCCUGCGCCGGGAGCAGAGCAUCACGGACGGCGCCGUGGAGCCCCUGCGGGCGGAGCUGGCGGAGCUGGAGCAGCUGAUCCGGGACCAGCAGGACCGGAUCUGUGCCGUGAAGGCCACCAUUCUGAAGAACGAGGAGAAAAUCCAGAAGAUGGUGUACGGCCUCAACUUGAGUUCGAGACGGUGAACCUCUGUGGUCUCAGCGGUUCAGAGUCUGAAAAUAAAAAGGACGAUGGAGCAGCAUCGCUCUCCAAGUAUCAGUUUGCAAAGGAAACGAACGGUUAACCGUGUCAUCCCGCGCAGCGGUCAAGCUGUGGGCGCGCUCAGUGCGUGGAGAGCCCCCCGGCGGGCUCCCUGCCGAACGCCUGGGUGGGGUCUCCUCGUGGCCGUCCUGCGUGUCCGCGGGCGGGAGCCUUCCCCGUCCGGUCCCUUCCAGAACCCUGGAGCCCCGCGCGAGGACGACCGCCCCUGGAGGCACCUCGUCUGGGGAGCGCAGCCGGGCAGGAGUGGGUCCUGGUUUUAGGUCACCUGCACUUGGAAGGGGUCGCUGCGGCCUGUGUCACCCAGAGGUGCACAGGGGCGGUCUCUCAGCCCCGCAGCUGUGCACCCCUCUUCACUCGAUUUUCCCAGUGGUCCCCGCUGUCGGCGGCUGGUGUUUCUCACCCUUCAAGUUCACUCGUUUAAGGAGGUUCUGUGCGGCCCUCACAGCGUGGCCCAGAUGUGAGCUCGCGCCAGCUGCCUUGGCUUUGUUCGGCAGCUGCCCGGCGCCCAGGUGGGUGCUCCUGAGGCUCCAGGGGCCCUGCCCUCCCCGCUGGGCCAGCCCUCCGCUUCCCAGCGAUGCUCGCUUGUGUGCCUGCCUGGCAGGCGGUCCAGGGGCGUCUGGGGAAGGGAGGCCCCGAUUCACGACAGUGUGUGAUGUUGUUGCCAUUUGGGGGAGGAAAUUAUUUUUUAAAAGAAAGAUUUUUUUUUUAAAAAAAACAUGGUUUAUACUUAGUUUUUCACGUACACACA